UCCAAAUUUAUACUAUUACAAUCCUAUUUCGUCUUCUUCUCGGGCAUUGAUUCAACAAAACUAAAGUAUUUCAGUUCUUUUAAUGAAUACCUUUACUAUUUUGUCAGCUUUGUCUUGGUUCAACUAAUACGAAACUGUUUUCUUUAUAAAGAGACUGGCAGACAGUUCAUAGUCGAAUUUUACAUAAUUAAUGAGUUCAUGACUCGCGCCUAAGGUACUUGCACUCAUACCAAAAACCUGAGGCGAUACAAAAAGACCUCGGAGAUACAAGGUUCAAAUGAAUAAGGCAAGUUACACUGGAAAUAAUGGCAGAAGUAAACUUUUCUGACGUUGCUGGAAAACAAGGAGAAACGUUUGCACAAAAGCGAUGCGUUGGAGGAAGGAUAGAUGAAUUACACAACCAAAUAAUCAUUCUAUCUUCAAUCAACAUUUUUCUGUCCAUUACUGCAUUUCUUGGGAACACCCUGAUCCUAGUCGCCCUUCAUAAGGAGUCUUCCCUUCAUCCACCAUCCAAACUUAUGUAUCGCUGCCUAGCAACAACUGAUCUCUGUGUUGGUAUAAUUUUAGAGCCUACCGCCGUAAUCUAUUGGUUGUCCUUGCUUCAAGAAGAUUGGAAUCUUUGUAUCUAUGCGGUAACUGUUAAUUUCAUAAGAGCCUAUACCCUGUCAGCAGUCUCUCUCUUCACAAUAACCACAAUUAGUGUGGACAGACUUCUCGCCCUGAUUUUGGGGCUGAGAUACAGGCAAAUAGUGACUUUGAAGCGAACCUAUUUGCUUCUUAUCGUAUUUUGGAUUAUUGGGGUCUUUGUGGGGGCAUCGUACUUUAUGAAUCCUCAUAUAGCUGUUUGGUGUAGCUAUAUUGUUAUACCUCUUUGUCUAGUAAUAGCUUCGUUCUCGUACUUAAAAAUUUUCCAUCGUCUCCACCACGACCAAAGGUCUGUUCCAUCACAGCAAGUUCUCCAACAGCCAAGCCAACCAGCUCCACUGAACCCGGAGCGAUACAAAAAGGCAGUGUACAAUGCACUGUGGGUGCAUUUGGCAUUGGUCGUUUGUUAUCUACCGUACAUCAUAGUCGUAGCAGUUCUAGAUAAGAAAAGGCCUUCAUCUAACGCUGAAUUUGUUCUCUUUGAGUGUGUUGAGACUUUAGUCCUCUUAAACUCUUCGUUGAACCCAUUUCUUUACUGUUGGAAGAUUGGAGAAGUAAGACAAGCAGUAAAGGAAUCUAUCAGACAAGCACUUUGCUGUCCAUGGAAUGGAAUGUAACUUUGGGCAAGUUCUGACAGUGCUACCGUUCAAAGCAAGAGAACAAGCUGUAAAUUGUUCUAAGAAUAUUUGUGUCCAGAAUAAAACGUUUAAAAUCCUCGUAUGCAUACAACUGCCAUUUUAAAGGACAUAGGAAAUAU